UCAUCAUCAAACCAAAACGACGUAUUAUCGUACCGUCGUCUUCCUCUACAACUGCUCAUUAUAAACAGAGCCUUACAACAAUCACUUAUCAUAAAACUUCUCUGUCUCCAACAAAACUAAAAAGGAUAGAAAGAGUGACACUUCGAUCAACCUCUUCUUGAAAAUGGCAAGUGAAACAGAUAACAUCAAGUACGAAGAGAGUUUCAUUAAGAACACUCGUGGAAUGAAACUAUUCACGUGUAAGUGGCUACCAGCAAAUCAAGAGCCAAAGGCUUUAAUCUUCAUCUGCCAUGGAUAUGCAAUGGAAUGCAGCAUCACCAUGAACAGUACUGCGAGAAGGCUUGUGAAUGAAGGAUAUGGGGUGUAUGGUAUGGACUACGAAGGACAUGGCAGGUCUGAUGGGCUAAGUGCUUAUGUCCCAAACUUUGACCAUCUCGUUGAUGAUGUCUCUGCCCACUACACAUCCAUUUGCGAGAGAGAAGAGAACAAAAGGAAGAUGAGGUUUUUGCUGGGAGAAUCAAUGGGUGGGGCUGUACUUUUGUUGUUACACAGAAAGAAGCCUGAGUUUUGGGAUGGGUCCGUCUUGGUUGCUCCAAUGUGUAAGAUAGCAGAAGAAAUGAAACCAAGCCCUUUGGUAAUUUCGGUUUUGUCGAAACUUAGUGGAGUUAUUCCCACGUGGAAAAUUAUCCCUGGCCAAGAUAUCAUUGAGACUGCUUUUAAGCAGCCAGAAGUUAGGAAACAGGUGAGAGAAAAUUCUUACUGCUACAAAGGUCGUCCACGUUUGAAGACUGCUAAUGAGCUAUUGAGGAUUAGCAACGAUCUCGAGAAGAGGCUGGAUGAGGUUUCAUUACCGUUCACGGUGUUGCACGGAGAAGACGAUAAAGUCACAGACAAAGCGGUUAGCGGACAACUCUAUGAAGUUGCGUCGAGUUCGGACAAGACUUUCAAACUGUAUCCUGGGAUGUGGCAUGGGUUGCUCUAUGGCGAGACACCAGAGAACAUUGAGAUCGUUUUUGCCGACAUCAUUGGUUGGUUGGACAAGAGAGCGUCUGGUGGACAUGGAGGGUUUGAGUCUGAACUUAAACGUAAAGAAGAUGGUUUCCCUUUGAAAGAGUAGUUCUUUUAUUGAAACUAUUGUAAUGAUAUUUGUGACGCUGCAACAUUUCUUUGUAAGUGCAGUGACAUUUAUGAACCACAUUAUUUUCCUGUAGUCUCCAAUUCUUUAUAAACUUAAUUAGUAGUAUGUAUCAAUGUAUC